AUGGCCCGCUCCUCCAAGGUGGCUGUCGGCUCUGUGCUCGGGGCUGCCACUCUGGGAGGCCUUGCCUUUGUGGCACCAACUGCGCGGCCCGUCGAGGCGGAGUCGCAGGUGGCGACCAGCAGCCAGAGGUUUUUGUCCGGCGGCCUCUUGUCGCAAGGGAAGCCGAGGGCCGCCCAGAACGUGGUGGCAUGCAGGUCGCUGGCCAAGCUGAAGAUCGACGAGGUUGACCUCAAGGACAAGCGCGUCUUCAUCCGGGUGGACUUCAACGUGCCGCAGGACAAGCAGGAUCCCAACAUCAUCACGAACACUGCGCGCAUUGAUGCCGCCCUUCCCACCAUCAAGUACGCCUUGGACAACGGUGCCAAGUCCGUGGUGCUGUGCUCCCAUUUGGGCUGCCCGGAUGGCCAGUUCAAGUUCUCCAUGAAGCCAGUUGCCAAGGUGGUGGAGGAGAAGCUGGGCAGGCCAGUGAAGCUCAUGAAGGAUGUGAUCGGAGAGGACGUUGAGGCUGCGUGCGCGGAUCCUGAGCCGGGCACUGAGACGGGCAAGGGAAAGGACGCGGAUGGCAACAAGGUCAAGGCCGAUGAUGAGCAGGUGAAGACAUUCCGUGCCUCCCUUGCCAAGCUGGCAGACAUCUACUGUAGUGAUGCCUUCGGAACAGCGCACCGAGCACACAGCUCCAUGGUGGGUGAGGGCUUCCCUGUGAAGUGCUCUGGUUUCCUGCUCGCCAAGGAGCUGGACUACUUCGCCAAGGUCGUUGAUGCGCCCACCAGGCCGGUGUGCGGUAUCCUGGGUGGUGCCAAGGUGGCGGACAAGAUUCAGCUGAUCAUGAACUUGUUGGACAAGGUGGACAUCAUGAUCAUUGGAGGUGGAAUGGCCUUCACUUUCAUCAAGCAGGCUGGCGUGGACAUUGGCGAUUCCCUGUACGAUGAGGAGGGCGCCAAGUUGGUGCCUGAGAUCAGGAAGAAGGCGGAGGAGAAGGGUGUGGAGCUUAUCCUGCCUGUGGACUUUGUGUGCUCCUCCAAGUUUGGCGAGGAUGGAGAGAUCAAGGAUGGCGACAUGAGCACCGGCGUGCCGGAUGGGUUCCUGGGCCUGGACAUUGGCCCUAAGUCCAUUGCCAUGAACGAUGAGGCCAUCAAGAAGUCCAAGACCAUCGUGUGGAACGGCCCUAUGGGUGUGUUCGAGAUGGCUUCCUUUGAGAAGGGCACCAAGCAGAUGAUGGAGACCAUCGUGGAGGUCACAAAGGAGGGUGCCGCCUCGGUGAUCGGCGGUGGCGACACCGCCACGGCCUGCAAGAAGUACGACACCGUGGACAAGGUCUCCCACUGCAGCACUGGCGGUGGUGCCUCCUUGGAGUUGCUUGAGGGCAAGGUGCUGCCUGGAGUGGCCACCCUGGAUGACUCCAAGGCGCUUGCGGAUGCAUAG